CCCGCAGGCGCGCUCCGCCCCUUUACUCCUGGCGGCGUUGCGAGCCCGGCGUCUGCUACAGCGGCCGCGGCGGCGAAGGCCCGAGAGGACUUGGCGGCAGCGACGGCGGCGGCGGCGGUGGGACGAGCAGCAGCAGCAGCAGCUACCAGCCCCCGGUGCCGCGGCCCUGCCACACGAGUCCCACGAGCCGCCAACCCCGUCGCCCUCGGCGCUGCCUGACCCCGCCGGUGGGUCCACCAGCCGACAGCCCCGGCAGAGCCCCCAGUUGUCCUCCGACUCGCCCUCGGCCUUCCGCGCCAGCCGCAGCCUCGCCGCAUCGCCACCCGCAGCCUUAGCCCAGCCAUAGGCGCAGCCCGGUCCCCAGCUCCUGCGGCAGCGGCUCCAGGCGGUCCCUGCGCCGACACCCUGGAGGGUGGGAUGCUCUUGUCCAAAAUCAACUCGCUCGCCCACCUGCGCGCCGCGCCCUGCAACGACCUGCACCCCACCAAGCUGGCGCCCGGCAAGGAGAAGGAGCCCCUGGAGUCGCAGUACCAGGUGGGCCCGCUACUGGGCAGCGGCGGCUUUGGCUCCGUCUACUCAGGCGUCCGUGUCGCCGACAACUUGCCGGUGGCCAUCAAGCACGUGGAGAAGGACCGGAUUUCCGACUGGGGAGAGCUGCCCAAUGGAACCCGAGUGCCCAUGGAAGUGGUCCUGCUGAAGAAGGUGAGCUCGGGCUUCUCGGGCGUCAUUCGGCUCCUGGACUGGUUCGAGAGGCCCGACAGUUUCGUUCUGAUCCUGGAGAGGCCCGAGCCGGUGCAGGACCUCUUCGACUUCAUCACGGAAAGGGGGGCCCUGCAGGAGGAGCUGGCCCGCAGCUUCUUCUGGCAGGUGCUGGAGGCCGUGCGGCACUGCCACAGCUGCGGGGUGCUCCACCGCGACAUCAAGGACGAGAACAUCCUCAUCGACCUCAGUCGCGGCGAGCUGAAGCUCAUCGACUUCGGGUCGGGGGCGCUGCUCAAGGACACCGUCUACACGGACUUUGACGGGACCCGAGUGUAUAGUCCUCCAGAGUGGAUCCGCUACCAUCGCUACCACGGCAGGUCGGCAGCGGUGUGGUCCCUGGGGAUCCUGCUGUACGAUAUGGUCUGUGGAGAUAUUCCUUUUGAGCACGAUGAGGAGAUCAUCAGGGGCCAAGUUUUCUUCAGGCAGAGGGUCUCUUCAGAGUGUCAGCAUCUCAUUAGAUGGUGCUUGGCCCUGAAGCCAUCAGAUCGGCCUUCCUUUGAAGAAAUCCAGAAUCAUCCGUGGAUGCAAGAUGUGCUCCUGCCCCAGGAAACUGCUGAGAUCCAUCUCCACAGCCUGUCGCCAGGGCCCAGCAAAUAGCAGCUUUUCCAGCAGGUCCGCCCCUCCUGGCAGAUGCUCCAGGGAGGGGAAGCUUUUGUACCAGUGACACUUCUCACCAAGCAGCACAGUGCUUGAUACAGGAACAACAUUUACAACUCAUUCCAGACCCCAGGCCCCUGGAGGAGGCCUCGGACAGGGGAACAGAGAUUCCUCUGGGUGUCCUAGGCCUCAAUUCCUCGUAGAUGCUCUCUCCUUCUCAUAGGUGUGCAGCCAGCAUCGCUGGACUCUGCAAAAUCCCGG